GUACCUCUACUCGAUGUUUACGUUGUUUUUAUCGCUUUAAACUGUUUUGCAACUCCAAUUUUAUUCAAAAUAUGAGAGAAGAAAACACAAGCACCGGUCGCUCGUGGAGAAGCACAGGCACUGAGCAGAGCAGGUUGAGUCUACACGGUUCUCAUACUGUGGUUAAAUGCGCAGCGCCGCCCAGCAGCGAAUUAUUGUUGAUCAGUUUGUGUUCCAGUUUAGGUUCGUUCAGAGAGAUCAUGGCAGAAACCGCUCCAACAGCUGCUGCGACCAAAGCGGCCAAAAAGAAGUCAGCAGCAAAACGCAAGAAAACGGGCCCAGGCGUCGGCGAGCUCAUCGUCAAGGCUGUGUCCGCAUCUAAGGAGAGGAGCGGUGUGUCUCUCGCCGCCCUGAAGAAAGCUCUCGCUGCCGGUGGCUACGAUGUGGAGAAGAAUAACUCUCGCGUCAAGAUCGCCGUUAAGAGUCUGGUGAACAAAGGCGUCUUGGUUCAGACCAAAGGAACCGGCGCCUCGGGGUCGUUCAAGCUCAACAAGAAACAAGCCGAGACCAAGACAAAACCCAUUAAGAAAGCUGCUCCUAAAGCCAAGAAGCCCGCAACCAAGAAACCUGCCGCCGCGAAGAAGCCCAAAACCGUAGCAGCAAAGAAGCCGGCCGCUAAGAAAUCCCCGAAGAAGGUCAAGAAACCCGCUGCUAAGAAGGCAACGAAGAGUCCUAAGAAGGCAACCAAGAGUCCUAAAAAGGCAACUAAGAGUCCUAAGAAAGCAGCGACUCCUAAGAAAGCAGCCAAGAGCCCCAAAAAGGCCAAAGCAGCCAAACCCAAAGCGGCUAAGCCUAAAAAGACAGCAGCCAAAAAGAAAUAAAC